GCGCCUCAACUCCACGUCGCUUUUAAUCUACGCGCAGGAAUGGCAGGAGGUCUGCGGAGAAAAAGUCCCAGUGCUCCGUCCCCGCUGUGGGGAAAACUUCACACACUUUGGCAGGACAAGCAUUUGGUCCUGUUUAAGACAGAGCAUACGUUAUUGGUUGUUGCAGUGUUGUGGAUCCUGGAAAUUGGAAUAAACAUCUGGGUGAUACAGAAAGUAGCAUACACAGAGAUCGACUGGAAGGCUUACAUGGAUGAGGUAGAAGGAGUCAUCAAUGGUACCUACGACUACACCCUGCUUAAAGGAGACACUGGCCCCUUGGUGUACCCUGCUGGAUUCGUCUACAUCUUCACGGCCCUAUACUAUAUCACCAGCCACGGCGUGAACAUCCGUCUGGGCCAGUACAUUUUUGCGGUUUUCUAUCUGGUUACGCUGUUGCUUGUCUUCAGAAUAUACAAUCGCACCAAAAAGGUUCCCCCUUAUGUGUUCUUCUUUGUGUGCUGUGCCUCUUAUCGGAUCCAUUCCAUCUUUGUGCUGCGUCUCUUUAACGAUCCGGUAGCCAUGAUGCUGCUGUUUGCAGCCAUCAAUCUCUUUAUGGAUGGGUACUGGACCCUGGGCUGUGGGGUUUACAGUUUAGCAGUGUCGGUGAAAAUGAACGUCCUUCUUUUUGCCCCUGGAUUACUUUUCCUUCUCUUGUGGGAAUUUGGCUUCAUCAGAACAAUCCCUAAACUUUCUCUAUGUGCAGCCAUACAGCUUCUCCUGGGCUUGCCGUUCCUUCUGAACAACCCUGUGGGUUAUAUGAGCCGGGCCUUUGACCUGGGCCGUCAGUUCAUGUUCAAGUGGACGGUGAACUGGCGCUUCCUGCCGGAGUGGCUUUUCUUGAAUCGCUACUUCCACCUGCUCCUGCUGGCUGCUCACCUUCUCACCCUGCUGCUCUUUGCUUUCCGCCGUUGGAAGAGACCAGGAGAAAGCAUUUUUGAGCUUCUUAAGGAACCGGGCAAGAGGAAAACCCCUCCUCAGAACAUCACUGCAGAUCAGCUAGUGCUGAUACUCUUUACGUCUAACUUCAUCGGCAUGUGCUUCAGCCGCUCGUUGCACUACCAGUUUUACGUGUGGUAUUUCCAUACGCUUCCUUACCUGCUUUGGAGUGGAGGCGUUAAGAAGCUGGCCCAUCUACUCAGAGUACUCAUCCUGGGCCUGAUUGAGCUUUCGUGGAAUACCUACCCCUCCACUAGCAGCAGCUCUGCAGCCCUUCAUGUCUGUCACUUCAUCAUCCUCCUAUGUCUGUGGCUGGCGCCACCCCUGACCUUGUCCCAGACGGAAAACCAAGAACACUCAAAGAUCAAGGACAAGAGACGCUGAGCCUGAGGGAAAAGGACUUUUGAUCGGAUGCUCCUCCCUUUGAUCGGCAUGCAUCCAUGUCGAGGGAAGUGAAUGUGAAAGACAAUUUUUUUAGGAACCAUUUUAAGCUUCUCAUCUUUGUUCCUGUUUAAGUCAUUCAAGCUGCUGAUGCACACAGACGUGCUCACUGCUGUGGCUUGCAGUCAGAAAAUUCUCAGGUGUAGUUUUCUUGUUACAUAAUUGGAAGUUUCAAAGUGCCAAAGAGCUGUGUGCAUAUCAUCGCUGUUUAGAAAUGAUCUGCAACAUGAAAAAAAAAUGGAUUCUCUAAAAACAACUCUUUAUUUAUUGGCGUGCAAAUAAAGAAUGCGAUGGACUAAAGACCCCAAUCAUAUUGUUGUAUAUCAUCUUGAGUCUGAUAUUACUUAAGUCCUGCAUUAUCUCUUUUCUUUUUUGUAUUUUAGGCAAUACUGAAAAUAAACUGUAAACAGUAAUGGUCA